UUUGCAGCGAUGUGGUCAGUCGGGUUGCUCAAUGCAGUGGUCGGAUUCGCCAUUUUCCUCCUCUCGACAGGCAUGGCACAGACCUGUGAUGUAGAAUUCUCUCCUGCAGAGGUCAUAGUGAAGUAUGGAGACCCGGUGACUGUGACCUGCCGCACUAACCGCACGGACAUCAGAGCCAUUGGCUGGGAGACCUCAGUUGAACCUGUGGAACCGAAGAAGAGCAACUCAACUGUGUGGAACGUGAGCAGCCUGACGGUGUGGGACGCGGAGCCCAGGUGCUUUAUAAACUUCAAGGCACCUCCUAAGCAGUGUGAUAAACUGCUAAACCUCAUCAUUUACAAGCUUCCAAGUAAAGUACAAAUCACACCUCAAGAUUCCAGCACCAAUAUGACUGAGGGAAGGAGUUACACCCUGGGCUGCCAUAUUGAGAAAGUCGCUCCAUCCAGGUACCUUCAGGUGAUGUUGUACCAAGGUGACCAGCUGCUUCACAAGGACUCCUUUCCUGAAGACUCCAACGUCGGACCUGUAGAUAAAUACAAAAACUGGACAAUUCAUCCCAAGGCGGUGGACAGUGGCAAAGAGUAUAAGUGCGUGGCACAGCCAGAAUUUGGGCACCAGAACAUUCAAAGCAUGCAGGACUCCUUCACAGCAACCAUCUUAGCGGACCCUGACUCUGACAGAUCGAAGGCUGCCCGAUGUGUUACUGCUGGCAUUCCGAUGGCGGUGUUUGUGGCUGCCAUAAUUGCGCUGUGUGUCUAGCCAAGGACAGUCGGUCCUGGGCUCUGUGUUGAAAGAUGAAAGUGGUCUUCACCUCCACAAUAGCCAUUUUUUAAAUAGCAUUUUAAAUUAGUGUCUGAAACACAUAUUUACUUUAUCUGAGUUAUUGCAUGGCUUUAAUGUAAAAUAGAAAUCAGCUCAUUGUCUGAUGGCCGGCAAUUUAUCUGUCCAUUCAGUCA